GGCAAAGGUCUUGGAAAAGGAGGCGCUAAGCGUCACCGCAAAGUUCUCCGUGAUAACAUCCAGGGUAUUACUAAACCCGCCAUCCGCCGUUUGGCUCGACGUGGCGGUGUGAAGCGUAUUUCCGGCUUGAUCUACGAGGAGACCCGCGGUGUGCUCAAGGUUUUCCUUGAGAACGUCAUCCGUGAUGCCGUCACCUACACCGAGCACGCCAAGAGAAAGACCGUCACCGCAAUGGACGUGGUGUACGCUCUGAAACGCCAGCAUCUACAUUCACUUGCAGUUUGUUCUAGAGGAAACAGCAGCAUCAUGCCUGAACCAGCGAAGGCCGCGCCCAAGAAGGGCGCCAAGAAAACCGUCACCAAGGCCGCCGGCAAAGGAGGCAAGAAGCGCAGAAAGUCCAGGAAGGAGAGCUACGCUAUCUACGUGUACAAGGUCCUGAAACAGGUCCACCCUGAUACCGGGAUCUCCUCCAAGGCUAUGGGCAUCAUGAACUCCUUCGUCAACGACAUUUUCGAGCGUAUCGCUGGUGAGUCCUCUCGUCUGGCUCACUACAACAAGCGCUCCACCAUCACCUCCAGGGAGAUCCAGACCGCCGUGCGCCUGCUGCUUCCCGGUGAGCUGGCCAAGCACGCCGUGUCCGAGGGUACCAAGGCCGUCACCAAGUACACCAGCUCCAAGAAGACCGGUGGUAAGACUAGAGCUAAGGCAAAGACUCGUUCAUACCGUGCCGGCCUUCAGUUCCCCGUGGGCCGUGUUCACAGAUUGCUACGUAAGGGUAAUUACGCCGAGCGUGUGGGCGCUGGUGCUCCUGUCUACUUGGCUGCCGUGCUGGAGUAUCUGACCGCUGAGAUCCUCGAGUUGGCUGACGCGAUGGCAAGAACCAAGCAGACCGCGCGUAAAUCCACCGGUGGUAAAGCGCCGAGGAAGCAGCUCGCCACUAAGGCUGCCCGCAAGAGCGCCCCGGCUACCGGCGGUGUGAAGAAACCUCACCGUUACAGGCCAGGUACCGUGGCUCUGCGUGAAAUCCGCCGUUAUCAGAAGUCCACUGAGCUGCUCAUCCGCAAGCUGCCCUUCCAGCGCCUGGUUAGAGAGAUCGCUCAGGACUUUAAGACCGAUCUGCGCUUCCAGAGUUCUGCCGUCAUGGCUCUGCAGGAGGCCAGUGAAGCUUACCUGGUCGGCCUGUUCGAGGACACCAACCUAGCAGUAACGAUGUCCGGAAGAGGAAAAGGCGGCAAAGGUCUUGGAAAAGGAGGCGCUAAGCGUCACCGCAAAGUUCUCCGUGAUAACAUCCAGGGUAUUACUAAACCCGCCAUCCGCCGUUUGGCUCGCCGUGGCGGUGUGAAGCGGAUUUCCGGCUUGAUCUACGAGGAGACCCGCGGUGUGCUGAAGGUUUUCCUGGAGAACGUCAUCCGUGAUGCCGUCACCUACACCGAGCACGCCAAGAGAAAGACCGUCACCGCAAUGGACGUGGUGUACGCUCUGAAACGCCAGGGACGCACCCUGUACGGAUUCGGGGGUUAAACGUUCAGACCUCCACGCUAACACAACGGCUCUUUUAAGAGCCACCCAUAUUUUCUGCAAAAGAGAAAUUCCUUCUUGUUUAUUAUUAUUAUUAGUGUUUAGUAAUAGCACGUUCAC